AUGUCAUCAUCAUCGCCACAUACUCAUUCAUUUGAUCCAGAUUGUCCUUUCUGCUCUCUCGCAAACCACUCCCCUCCUCUCACUCAAAACAACAUUGAUGUUCUUCCACCAAACGUCCUUCUAUCAACCCCACGCGUCCUUGCAUUUCUUGAUGUUCAACCUCUUACAACUUCUGCAGCUCACAUUCUUAUAACCCCACGAGCUCAUACCCCGACUUUACUACAGCUCUCAAGCCAAGACGCAAAAGCUUUAGGCGAAGCGCUACCAGCAGUCGCUCGAGCAGCUGCAAAGGCCCUUGGGUAUAAUGAUCAAGACUCUAACGAUUACAAUUCAAGCCCUGAUUUUAAUCUUAUCCAGAAUAACGGACCAGGUGCUGGUCAAACCGUCCCUCAUGUGCAUUUCCAUCUAGUAUUUCGUAAAAAAAAUUCUUCUUCUUCUUCAUCAUCUUCAUCUUCGCCAACCACAGGAUUUUCAUUAGACUCAGACCACACUGAAAAAAUUGCAAAAACAAUGCUCACAGAUUCAAAUAGAUUUGCUAAAACACCAGCCUUGCGAUGGUCUUAUGCGGCCCAAGUGUUUGGUCGUGGCCAACGCACAGACUUGGACGAUGAUUGGACUCAUCAUAUAGUCCCCCAACUUCGCAAACUUAUCAAAUUGUAA